AUGAUAUAUAAGUUACUUAGUUGUAUCAGAUGUUUGUCAUUAAGGAGAGCAACAUCAUUGUUACAAUUACUUAUUGUUUGCAUUGUCAUCUCUUUGUGCUUGAUUGUUCUUACUGUUAAUCGAGUAAUGAUGGAUGCUCUUAUCUCAGAGAUUUCAGAUAAAUUAAUAUUUAAAUACAACUUUUAGGAAUAUGAAUUAUAAACAGAAAUGCUUAAAUAUCAGGUAAAUUGGCCAAUUGUUAAGCGAUUUGAAAUGAUGAAAACUUUUGGUAUAAUCUAUUAAGAUCUGAAAACAUCAAUUAUUAUCAACUAAUAACCAUUAGAAUGUCCCACUUUUUUAGGAUUCCAAUAAGAACAUUUGAAUACAUUAUUUUAAUUACCUGAAUUUUGUGUAAGUAAUUAAUAAAUGCAAAAAGAAUAAGAAAAACAUCAAUUUAAUCUUUUUAUCAAUUUACUAAAUUAGUUACUUAUACCAUUAACAUGGUCUCCAAUUAAUGAUUUUUAUAUAAGUAGUACAGAUUCAAGUUAGUUUUUUGCAUCUUGUCCUCCAUUCUUUAAUAUUCCAUCUUUCAAUCCACAUGAUAGACCAUGGUAUAAGAAUCAUAUGGAAAAGUCAAAGAGUUCUAGUGAAAAUGCUUAAGUUUCAAACAUCUAUCAAUCAUUUGGAACUAAUGAAUACGGAUUAACAAUUACCUACUCUUUGUUGUCAAGUUAUUUAGGUUGUUAGGAAGAAUAAAGAAUUGAUGGAGUUAUGGGUUAUGAUUUAAGUUUUAGGGAAAUUGAAAACUAGUUAAAUUUUAAAUCAUUGAGCUAUUUUCUAUUGAACAAUCUAGGCUAGAUUAUUCAUACUAAUUUUAUUAAAUCAUUUAAUUUAAAAUUAAAUGAAAGUUUAUUAUAUAUCUAUCAAUACAACCUAACAGGUUUUAAUGAAUUAGAUUGGGAUCAAAUUAAAUCUCAAGCUAAGAAUUAAUCCUACUUAAAUAAUUGCUCCUUUCAUAUUCAACAUUUAUGUAGAUAUAAUUCGAUUUACAAUCAAGAUAUCAUUUUGCAUGUUUUAAAUCUUAAUCCAGACUUUUAUUUAGUUAUGUAUUAAUAUAUAUCAUUAAUAGAUUUCAAAAUGUAACAAUAUAACAAUACAAUAUAAUGGAGGCAAACUAAAGAAAGAAUGAUAUUAUACAUUCUUUUGAGACAUAUUUAAUUUGUUUAGUAAUGGCUUCUGUUAUCUUCUUGGUAUUUAGUUGGAUUGGAUUAUAUUUAUUUUUUCGCCCUAUUAAAGAGCUUAGAUAAGUGUUUCUGAAUUAAUUAUACAGCAAAUUUUAAAGUUAGAAUUCAUUGAUGAAAAUGUAUACUUAAUUUGAAAAAAAGAGUUCUUAUUUUGGCUUAGCUUUAAAGAAUUUAAAAAUAAAAAUUAAUGAUAUAAAUAGUAAGAAAUGUCAAAAUUGUCAUUUAAUAGAAAACUUUAAAUAUCCUAAAAGUUAGUUAACAUCUGAAUUUUAUCAAAUAAGAAAUUAAAUUAAGUUUGUAAAUGUGAAUGAAAAUAGAAAUUUAUUAGUAGAAUCUCAAGAUCAAAAUGAAAUAGUAUAUGUAUCAUAGACUCCAAAAUACCAAGAAUUACGUUAAUCAUUAUUUUCUUACAUAUCUAGUAAUUAGACAAUAUAAAGUGAAAUUGAUGAAAAUAUAUAGUUAAAUAAUGAGCCAAUAAUUACAUAGAGAUUCUUAUGA